CAUGGGAGUCUCUUUAACAUUAGAGACUUAUUAAAUCCAUGCAGCGAGCUCAGAGCAGAGCGGAGUCAGACUCUCUGAAGCUGCUCAUCGAUGGGAUGCAUUUUCAAUCCAUAUCUGUGAGAGAAGCGCGCACCGGAGCGCACGCACCCCGCACACCACGUUCAGACUGGGAAAGCUUCCACAGACACAUCUGGAAUCAGGACCAGAAAGGAUUUCCGCUGCGGUCCGGUUCAGGUCCAUUUACCUGAGAAAUAGUCAGUUUUACAAGAGAAAGACGAAGAGAAAACAAAAUCCUUGCUUGAGGUUACAUUUUAACUAAUGGAUUUCUUGAACGUUUCUUAUUUUUCUAGGGGAGACUCAAAUUUAACAAGAGCUGAAGAUGAUGCCCCUCACUGCGGUGCCAGUCUGCCUGUCAUCUUUGGAAUCAUCUGUUUCCUGGGCAUCAUCGGGAACUGCAUCGUCAUUUACACAAUUCUGAAGAAGACAAAGUGUCGUGCCAAGCAAACAGUCCCAGACAUAUUCAUCUUAAACUUGUCAAUCGUCGAUCUCCUGUUUCUUCUUGGCAUGCCGUUCCUCAUCCACCAGUUGCUGGGCAACGGUACGUGGCACUUCGGUGCGGCCAUGUGCACUGUCAUCACUGCCCUCGACUCCAACAGCCAGAUUGUCAGCACUUACAUCCUCACUGCAAUGACCCUUGACCGCUACUUGGCGACUGUUCACCCGAUCCGCUUCAACCACAUCCGAACACCAUAUGUAGCUGUACUGGUCAUCGGACUGGUGUGGGUACUGUCCAUGUUCACAAUCAUCCCUGUGUGGAUGUACACUGGUCUGAUGCCUCUGCCGGAUGGACUGGUUGCUUGUGCUCUCCUUCUCCCAGAUUUGGUCAAUGACACGUACUGGUUUACACUUUAUCAGUUUUUCUUGGCUUUUGCAAUCCCUUUGGUCAUCAUCUGCCUGGUGUUCUUCAAGAUCCUACAACACAUGUCCGCCAGCGUGGCACCGCUGCCCCCACGCAGUUUAAGAGUGCGGACCAGGAAGGUGACCCGGAUGGCGGUGGCCAUCUGCCUCGCUUUCUUUACCUGCUGGGCUCCUUACUACAUCCUGCAGCUCAUCCAUCUCGGGGUGCAGAACCCAAGCAUAGCUUUCUCAUAUGCGUAUAACAUCGCCAUCAGCAUGGGUUACGCAAACAGCUGCAUCAACCCAUUUCUCUACAUUGUUCUCAGUGAGACCUUCAAGAGACAUUUCCUCCGGGCGGUGCGGCCAAUCAACAGGAAGUUCAGAGUAAACCCGAGCACCACAGACAGUGUUAGCAUGAGGAUUGUACCAGAAGGGGCUCAGCAGGAGCAGGCCUCCAGGGAGAUGUUGCCCUCCAAUGAUCCCCCACAGUGAUAAGUCUGUAAAUAUCACUGAUAAAUCUGUUUAAUCCCAGAUUUUUCCUGUCAAAAUAGGGGCUUGCUCGACAACUGUUAGUGGGGAAAAGCAUUGUCUAAAUGUACUCAUUUUUUGUUCAAUUUGAUCUAUAUUCACAUGAAAGAAAACGAAAAAAAAAAGAAAAUACAGAA